AUUACUCCGCCCAGAGACACAGGCCAAAAUGCAUCGAAUUGGCAACGCUGUCAGAAUGGCUUCAUCCUCGUCGGCAAACGCCACAAUCACCGCCAGACACACACAAUACAGCCACGCAAAGACGGGCGGUUUCAGUCAGACGGGACCCACACUGCACAAUCCUUAUAAAGAUGACCCAAUUCUCGACCGAACGCUCCGUCGGCUUCUCCCCGAAUCGGAAUACAUGAGAGUGGCUGCAGAUUUAUCGAAAUUUGGCGACCGCAUAACAUCAGAAGUCGAGCAUCUCGGGAGACAAGCAGAACUCGAACAACCUCGUCUCGAACAUCAAGAUGCUUGGGGAAAACGAGUUGAUAAACUGAUUGUGUGCAAUGAGUGGCACAAAUUGAAACAAAUUUGUGCAGAAGAAGGAGUGAUUAGUAUUGGAUACGAAGAUUCUGUUGAUCCAUUUGUUCGGAGAAUUCAUCAAGUUGCAAAGCUUUUCCUAUUCUCUCCAUCUGCUGGAUUAGUUUCCUGUCCGAUGGCUAUGACUGAUGGAGCUGUUAAAACACUUACUUCCCUAAACCUCUACGGAAAGCACAAGCUAGCCACCGAAGCUGUUGAUCGUCUGAGAUCUCGGGAUCCUUCGAAAGCCUGGACUAGUGGACAAUGGAUGACUGAGAAGAAGGGUGGAAGUGAUGUGGCAGGUGGAUGUGACACGUAUGCUGUACAAAUCGAUAAGGAUACUUACCGUCUCCACGGCUAUAAAUGGUUCAGUAGUGCAGUGGAUGCUGACGUGGCAUUGACUCUCGCAAGAAUCGUUGAUUCGGAUGGAAAUGCGCUCGAAGGAUCACGUGGACUUUCCCUAUUCCUUUUGAAAAUCCGUGAUGAAUCCGGAAACCUGAACGGUAUUCAAAUGGUUCGAUUGAAGAAUAAGCUGGGAACUAAACAGUUGCCAACGGCCGAAUUGCUUCUCGAUGGGGCAAUCGCCGAACGAAUCGGAGAUCAGGGACGUGGUGUGGCCGGGAUUUCGAAUAUGUUGAAUAUUACGAGAAUUCAUAAUGCAGUCGCAUCGUUGGGAUACAUGAGAAGAAUUAUCUCACUGGCCAGAGAUUACUCCACAAAACGUGUCGUUUUUGGGCAAACACAGUCCAAAUGGCCUCUCCACACGACAACUCUAGCAAAAAUGGAAGUAGAUACCCGUGGCUCAAUGCUUCUUCUCUUCGAAGCCGCCCGUCUCCUCGGACUCUCAGAAGCUGGAAAAAGCAGUGACGUAGAAGCAAUGAUGCUCCGUUUGAUCACUCCGGUGCUCAAGCUGUACGCUGGAAAACAGGCGGUCCCGAUGGUUUCUGAAGGAAUUGAAUGUUUUGGUGGACAGGGAUAUAUGGAGGAUACUGGUCUACCAACGCUGCUUCGUGAUGCUCAAGUAACUCCAAUUUGGGAAGGAACUACCAAUGUUCUAUCACUUGAUGUGCUUCGUGUAUUUUCUGGAAAAGAAAAUAUUUUGUUGGCUUUUGGAAAACGGGUUGAGCAACUUUUGGGAAAUACCAAGACUGAAGACGAGAAGCUGAAAAAAUCGAAAGAAGCCGUGGAAUCAGCUCUAAAACAACUUCAAAAACUUCUCGUAAAAGCGAGUGAUUCUGCAAUUCAAGGUGAAACUCGCAUCGACUCAGUCGCUCGUCACAUCGCCUUCACCAUCGCCCGCAUUUAUUCUGGAGCUCUUCUCAUCGAUCACGCUUCGGAUUCCAGUGUUGCCAAUCAAUCGGAUAUUGAGGUUGCAUAUCGUUAUUGCUGUGAGCAGCCACUCAUUGAUCUUCGUUGGGAAUGGUUUGCCAGUGAACGAGUCAAAGCUGAUCGGGAAAUUGUAUUCGAUAAUUUUACUGCGCUUGAGAAGAGCAAAAUUUGAUUUGUAUUUUCUUUUUUAUUCCUUCGUGUACAAUUAUAAAUUAUAGACAGCUUC